CAGGCGAAAAUCAUCCUUCCACGGGUUACUGCUGUAAUAACGGCAGAUAUGAUGCCUCGAUGUCUACACUAGUGGGAACCAACAGAUGGGUUGGGCGAUAACAUGCCGUCAGUUGACCCCUCGAUCAAUGACCUGCUCAACGUGCACCACCCAAUACUUUGGCUUCACUCUGGGGCCCAUUUUUCUUUGUGUCUUCAGACGAGACGUUUUCGCCCAUUGAACAGCGCAAGGUACGCUGCAUAG